CUGCGGGGCGGCGGGGAGGCUCGGGCGCUGCUGGCGCCGGUCUAAUUAAGAGUAGGACUGGGCUUUAGGAGACUUGGAGUAAUCUACAGCUGCCCAAGCCAUGACGCUCCCGUUUCGAAAGGACUUGGACAAAUACAAAGAUCUUGACGAGGAUGAAAUUCUCGACAAACUUUCAGCUGAAGAAUUGAAGCAACUGGAAACUGUUUUGGAUGAUCUUGACCCUGAGAAUGCACUUCUGCCYGCGGGCUUCCGACAGAAGGACCAGACUGCUAAAAAGGCCUCAGGCCCCUUUGACAGGGAGCGACUCCUGGCCUAUUUGGAGAAACAGGCUCUUGAGCACAAGGACAGGGAAGAUUAUGUGCCUUUUACAAGAGAAAAGAAAGGGAAAAUAUAUAUUCCAAAACAGAAGCCUGUACAGUCUUUCAAUGAAGAAAAAAUAUCUCUUGAUCCAGAAUUGGAGGAAGCCUUGACGAGCGCCACAGACACGGAGUUAUGCGACCUUGCAGCCAUACUGGGAAUGUCCAACUUGAUAACAAACAGUCAGUUCUGUGAUGUAGUAGGAAGCAGUAAUGGGAUUGACAAAGACACUUUCUCAAAUAUAGUAAAAGGUGAAAAAAUGUUGCCUGUUUUUGAUGAACCACCAAAUCCCACGAAUGUGGAAGAGACAUUGCAAAGAAUUAAAGAUAAUGAUCCCCGCCUUGUUGAAGUUAAUCUAAAUAAUAUUAAGAACAUUCCAAUUCCAACCCUGAAAGAGUUUGCAAAAGCCUUAGAAACCAACACACACGUGAAGACUUUCAGCCUUGCAGCCACCCGAAGUAAUGAUCCUGUUGCUGUUGCUCUUGCAGAUAUGUUGAAGGUGAACACAAAAUUAAAAAGUUUGAACAUAGAAUCAAAUUUCAUCACUGGAGUUGGGAUUUUGGCACUGGUCGAUGCAUUGAGGGACAAUGAAACGUUAACAGAGAUCAAAAUUGAUAACCAGAGGCAGCAGCUGGGAACAAUUGCAGAAGUGGAAAUUGCCAAGAUGCUUGAAGAAAACACUAAGAUUCUUAAAUUUGGAUACCAGUUCGAAAAUGACCAAUCCGCAGUGUCAAAUCUAUAUUGCAUAAUACUUAUGAAAAUAUUUAAACUUCUCUAAGCAAACUAAUAYGGCAACAAGAAUCUCUUCAAAUUCUAUACACUGUAGUGGACUUUUUUGAUAUAACAUGAAAUCUAGAGGCUUUUUUAGGAUAUAUGUUUGGAUUAUGUUAUACUAGAUGAAUGUUUUAGUGAUAUCAUAAAUUCAGAAAMAUUCUAAAGGACUGUUCAGCUAUACUUGCAACAACUGAAUUCAACUGACUGAACAUUCAGCGGAGCAUUGUAUCUAUAGAAAAUGUCAAAGACUGARAUUUUUGCAUUGUUUAUACUAUGAAAAUUCUAUAGAGCAGUUCUCUCUCACUGUGCCCAUGUUAUAUUUUACUGCAAAUCACAUUUUAGGUCUUUAAAGACAGACUUCAUUCUGGAGGUCACUCAAUUUUAUUGCAAAUGUACAGAGAAUUUUUAAUUAUACCUUCAAUGAAGAUGUAAAUAACUGAUUUAUAAUUUUAGAAGGAUGUUUCUCUUCUUGUUUCAGAAUUGGCUUUUAUUGACUAAUUCCAAAUAAAUAUGGGCUCUCRAAAGCAAGCUAAAGUUAAUUCUGUUAAAAACAACAGUUUUGCGUACGAUACAUUUGAAGCAACUAGAAAUGAUAUGAUGAAUAACAAUAAAAAGGACUGCUUUUAUAUCUUAUAUACAUUUUCAAGGACUUCUUUUUUUGAUGCAAUUUUGAAAUUUAAGUUCUUAUAGCAUGUWUCACUUGCAAGCUACGUGGAAUACGUGGAUGUUUUUUCGCCUUGUUUUGUUUUUUACAAAUAGUGCUGUAUAAAUACGGCCAAAACAUGCCAUGUGCAGAGUUUUCUAAUGCUGUUCUUGAUGCUUUAUCUACUAGGCACCRUAAUCACUUUGUGUCAAAAAACAGGCUGUAAUGUCUUCCUUGGUUUGUUGAAGGGUUGGUUACAUGUUCCUGAAAUCUGUUCACAUACUGUGUUUCUAUGAUGAUUUAUUUUGUCUUAGAUAACAAGUUUGUGCAGUUAUUCCCUACUUGAAGCUCAAGGAGAAAAAAUAAGGUCUGGAUUAGAAAUGGUAGCUAAAAUCUCUACCUUUAUUUUACUUUUUAACAUAAACUUUAUCUGCUUACUGGUCUAUAUUCCAAUCAAAGCCAGAGGCUUCUAAGUUGCUAUUCUCAGGUCUSCUGUCACAGAUGCUUGUAAUGGACCUCUUUUAAAUUACCUUGGC